GUGAUACAGUUCCAAUCUUUCAGUACGUCUUGACCCAGUAAAAUGAUGGUGAAACAGGGUUUCCUACUUCUUUUUUUUAUAUCAGUUGCCAUGACAAUGGAGAUCCCAGCCAUGCAGUGUGAACGAGAUUCCGACUGCCAAAAUGCAGGAGGGUCUUAUUACUGUCUGUUUUCGAUGUGUGAAACUUGCAUUCCAUGUGAGCAAAUGUUCAAUCGUCGCCCACCAUUGACUGCUAGUGGCCGGCCUGGGUGUGCCAAAAUGGAAGUCGAUUGUGGCGUGUGCCUUCCUGGGUAUCAGUCAGAAGAUUUGACGGGCCAAAGAUACUCUAUUAAGUGUUACCCAGUAACCACUGAGCGGGAAUAUCAAGAACCUGUUGACGUGCUCUCUCGCUCUACAGAGACAUCUAUCGGUGUCAUAUUGACACUUAUCAUAAUCUCCACUAUUAUUCUCGUUGCUGGCAGUUGUUUUGUUUACAGCAAACGUCAUCGGGCAGUGACGACUGACUCGACUGAAGGAAAUACACAAGAUGAAAACAGAAAGCUCGUUGAUCGCCUUCCCCCGCCUUAUGAAGAACCGGAAGAGGUCUGCGGAGUUGCCCGUACAUCCGCGCAAAUACACACUCGAGUGAUGGUAGAGCCGGAUUUUCUCAAUCAAGCCACGCCAAUCAAUCAUUAUCAUCGUCCCCCGCGGAUGGAUUCAUCCGACAUGGAUGAAGAAAACGGAAUUCUCAAUGGACCUGAAAGGCGCGAAUCUCAGCCGGUAUCCGAUGAUGGAAACGGAUCGACUGAAACCAUUCCCUCACUUUGGGAACCAAAUUCCACUUUGGAUCUUCGGAUAGAUGCAUCCGACGAUCCUGAACCAAACUCACGAAUGGAAACUCAAAACGGACUAGUCAGAAGUCAAUCUCUGGAAUUAAUAGCUCGCCAUCCAUCACCUCAUAGGCAAUUGACUAUGAGUAGAAGUGACCCUAUGCUCCCAACUCAAUCCAGGAGAAGACAUUCCAGCGGCAGUGAAAGCUACGCUCACCGCCACGUGCGACUCUCGAUGCACCGUCUUCCGGUCGUACCUGUUGCGUCACCUGCCAAUGAAAACUCACCUGUCGAUACGUCUGAGGGUUUGCCGCCUUAUUCCGCCUCAACUGACCAGUGCCAAGAAGACUGCGAGCCAAAUGAACCGCAGGCUUUCCUUUUCGACGAUUCUCAGAUUUCUAGCCCUGGCACCUCAUACGAAAAUGGCUUUCAUUCAUCAAUACUCUCAUUCACCGGAUCUCUUUUUGGUCAUCACAUUUCGUCAUCGACACCUACCUCAAGUGAAACUGGUCGAGGAUCUCAAGAUUCCGGUUUCUUUGACCGAUCGCGAAGACGUCCAGCUGACGAUGAAUUCAGCUUCGGGGUUGCCUUAUUUGUGAAACGACCUCGUGAGUUUCAAUGAAAUUUGCCUUGUUCACGUGUCAUCCUGUUACGUAGUACCUUAGAUGGAUUAUUAAGCCAUAGAUAGUAUUGUAAAAAUAAGUGCAUUUUUUUUCAGACAAUGUAGCUUGUUCCGACUAUUCAAACAGGAUCGUAUUAUUAAGAUAACAUCGGUUUGCUCCAAUUUAUUCUAGUUAUCCGAUUCUUUUUUUUAUUGGUUAAUCAGUAACUGGAGUUUUACCUUUGAUUUCUCACGGAUUUUGUUGUAUAUAUUGAAUGAUAAUCAAUAAGGAAAUCGUGUUUACCUGAAUAUGAUGUUUUCCUCUUUUCCAUUAUGAUGAAAAUGAAUAAAACGUUACGAACGA